AAACCACAAUAACACGCCGCACCACGUCGCCUUCUUCUCCCAAGCUCGCGCUCGCUCCAACCACAUCGAUACUUCCCAGCUGAAGCUCCUCCGUCUCGUCUCGUCUCGUUGCAGUCCAUGGCCGACCCGCAGGCCGAAGCGCGAGGCCCACCGGAGCCCCGGGCGGAGGCCCUGGUGGAGCCCGUGCGGGUCAACGGCUCUGCGGCGGAGGCCACGCUCUCCAGCGCCGAGCUGGCGUGGCGCCCCACCGCGGCCGGCCGCGACAGCGGUGGAAGGCGGAAGCUGGAGCUGGAGUCCGACGUGCUCGGGUUCCAGGUGGAGGGCAGGGCUCUCAAACUCGCGACCUUUACGAGGGGGGACGUGACGGGCGCGGGGAGGCCGCCGUCUCCGGUGGGCUGCGGCGGAGGUGCAGAGGACAGGAAGAGAGGGGAGGUGGCGGUGGAGAUGGAGAGCGAGGAGGCCGCGGAGAGGUGGGGGCAUGCCAUCAGAGAUCGCUUCGCCUCGCUUGGUCGACCGAAGAGACUGUUCUUCAUAGUGAACCCUUACGGUGGGAAGAGAGGUGGGCGGAAGAUUUUCCAAACCGAAGUUCUGCCUCUUAUUGAAGCUGCUCACAUCCUUUACACCAUGCAAGAAACCAAUUACCGUCUUCAUGCUCAAGAAAUUGCUGGUUCACUGGAUCUUAAGAAAUAUGAUGGGAUCGUUUGUGUUAGUGGAGAUGGUAUCCUUGUAGAGGUUGUUAAUGGUCUGCUGCAAAGAGAUGAUUGGGACAAAGCAAUAAAAGUGCCACUAGGGAUCAUUCCAGCAGGUACUGGAAAUGGAAUGGUGCAAGGUCUAUUGCAUUCUGCUGGUGAACCCUUCUCGAUGUCAAAUGCUGUGUUUGCAAUCAUCAGAGGUCACAGACGUGCCCUCGAUGUCACUUCUGUUGUGCAAGGAAAGACAAAGUUUUUCAGUGUCAUGAUGCUUACAUGGGGUUUGGUAGCUGAUAUUGAUAUUGAGUCAGAAAAGUUUAGGUGGAUGGGAAGCGCUCGCAUCGACUUCUAUUCCCUUCUACGUGCGGUGAACUUGCGACGGUACAAUGGGCGUAUUCUUUUUGUUCCUGCCCCAGGAUAUGAAGGAUUUGGUGAUCCCGUGGAGCAAACUAUCAGCUGUAAAUCAAAUGGGGCUACCAAUGCUGCCGAAGGAGACAUAACAGAUGUUUGUAAUAAUGAAACAUGUACAUAUUCAGGUCCUUCAACUGACGAUGCUGAUCUCGAAUGGAGAUCACUGAAGGGUCCGUUUGUUAACGUUUGGAUCAGCAACAUUGCUUUUGCUAGUGAAGGUGUCAUGAUAGCACCACAAGCACAGUUUGCAGAUGGCUACUUGGACGCAGCUAUAAUCAAGGAUUGCCCAUGGUCGGUUGCUCUCGGGCUCUUGCUUCGGAUGAAGGAUGGUAGCUACAUCGAAUCACCCUAUGUGGAGUACUUCAAGGUGAAGGCUCUCCGGAUCGAGCCGGGCCUGCGCGUCGGCAGCAGCACCAUAGGCGGCAUCAUCGACUCCGACGGAGAGGUCCUCGCGAGAGGCGACAGGUCCCAAACCAAGGAAGAGCCGGAGCAUCUGAUGGCGUAUGGCCCCCCUAUCCAACUGACGGUGGAUCAGGGGCUGGCCACCAUCUUCUCCCCAAGAUGAUGAAUUCUUUCUCACUUGUUCCCCUGUUCUUUACCUCUCACAUGGUUCAUGGUUGCGCCUCAGCACAUGUCGUAUGUAAAUACUCACACUGAAAUGCAAGAGGCGGUCGAUGUUUGUCUGAA